AUGAAGUUUAUCAACGUCCUCGGUCUCGCCUCUUUGGCUUUGGCUGCUCCCAGCAAGCUUGCCGCUCGUCAAAAGACGGCUGCCGCCAACAUGCCACAGCCAGCCGCUGGUAAUAUGCAACAGCCUGCUCCUGGCAACAUGCAACAGACUGCUAUUGGCAAUCUCCAAGACAUGGCGGACAACUUGCCUGAGAUAUCGCCCGCAUUGAAGGGAUUGGUGGAUAAGGCUGCCGAGUCGGAAAACACCGUGAAGAAAGCGGUUGACAAUGCCGCGAGCGCCGGCGGGGACCCCGAGGCUCUCAAGGGCGCCUACGAGAUGAUACGCCAGGCUUUGCAGGCUGGCAGCGACGCCAUCAAGAAGUCUACCACUGGUGGCACGUCAGGCGUCACCGAGAAUGCCACAGGCCUCACUCAGGAGGAGGUAGAUCUGCUCGAGAAGGUUGUUACCACCACCAAGGACAACAUUACGAGCUUCCAGGACAUAAUCGGACGCACUGACACCAACCCCCUGCCCCCUAUGAUGGAGGAUGUUCAGGGGGACGUUGACGCUGUCAAGGAUGCAGCUGAGAGUUUUGUUGGCACGAUUGUCGAAUUCGCGGACGCUGUCAGCAAGUCUUCUGCCAGUGACACCGUGGAUGUUACUGGCCUCAAGACCGCUACGCAGGGGCUGCGCAAUGCUUUGGAGAACUUCAUCAAUUAG